AUGCGCUGGAAAGUCAGUGAAGUUGGUUGACAUUAGUAGCUGCGGGCUGUAUCUUGAGAAAACUUCUCACGUCAAUACUUCAUGACGUUUUAACUUGGUCAGUGAAAUGAUUUUAUUAUUGCGCGAUGAUUUUAUGGUGUGUUGCGUUCAGAGAUCGAGCGCGAGCGCUUGUUGCCACCGGCUUUACCUGCGCGGAUUGACCGCUGAUGUAUGAAACACAUCAGCUUUAAACUUUAAACUUUAAACUCUUACAGAACAUGAGAUCAUCUCCAAACAGGGCAUCGAGUUUGUGAAGCAUUAAACAGCAGCGCAGUGGCUCUACCCUCAGGCAGAUCGCAGUAGUGCAGCGCUGCCAAUCUGCUUCAUGGCCACGGGCCUAAACAUCUGCAAUACGUAUGACUUUUACAAAAAGGUGAGAAGAUAAACGUACAAUCAGGAGGCUAAGAGGUGACGCUCAAGACGCACAACAUGGAGGUCAAAAGUCACCUGAUAAGUCAAGGAGGGCCGGAGAUCCAGGUCAGUAUGGACAGUAAGCAGCGUGCCGAGCGGAUGGUGGAGCUGCAGGAGAGGCGGAGGAGCCUGCAGUCGUUGCUCAGCACUCGACUGGCAGAACUGAAACGUGUGUGUCUGCAGGAGGCGGAACUGACAGGUGAAGUUCCUCAUGAAUAUCCUUUAGAAAACUGCGAGAAAUUCCCCCACGUGCGCCGCAAAGCCGGUUUGUCCCGCAGUUCUUCCAAACAUAACACGAGAAAUGAGGAAGAGGACAUCUUUCAGCGCAAGACAAAGAAAACACUGUUCAGUGGCGCCCUCCGCAGGCACGUCGAUUCAGAACAACAUCCUUCACACGGCAAAAGAACGGUUCAUAGAGGAUGCCACACAGAUAACACUGUAAAGUCAGAGAGUAGCUCCCCGUCAGAUUCAACCAAUCAGGACACAGAAGAAGUCUCUGACAGCCUGUCACCCUCACAAUCCCUGCUGGUGUCGGAGAGCCCAGACAGCAGGUUCUCUCGAAAACUCUCUCCUGUGGAAAUCUACUAUGAGAUAAAAACACGCCGCAGCUCUGUGGCCAGCUCAGCCAGCCCGAGUCAUACACUUCCAAGGAGUGUGUCGAAUUUAGAAGGUAGAAGCGUACCAGCAACUCCACUCCUGUCCCGGAACGGACUAACGGGAGUGCACAUCAGGUCAGAAUCCUCCAGCGGCACUGCUCCUGUGAGGCAGUGGUCAGACAAUCCCGAAGCGUCACAUCUGGUGCCUUCGCAGUCUCAGGAUCUCCCGACCUCCUCAGGGUCCCACGGGCCGGGGGGCUCACAAACACGACGCAGCAACAGCUCGGAGACGCUGCUAGACCGGAACGCCACCGAAGAGGGAGGUCAAAGGUCGCGGAACGGCCCAUACAAGAGUUCAGAAGCACUGCUAGACUCCGCUUUAAAACAGGCACAGAGGAGCAGCCCUGACCGCCAGGUCAACGGACACGCCGAUCCGGGUCGCAUUCGCUCGGCCGCGGGAGGACGAGGAACGAAUGUAGGUGCCGGUUACAACGAUAUCCUCAUGGAUUACGUCUGGGGAAAGCAGCAGAAGAUACAGACUCAGCGACAGCAAAGACUGCAGGUCCAGAACGCUCCAAAAACUCGCCCGUGGCCCGAAGGUUCCAACGCUCCGCCCCCUCCCUACAGGAAUGGCCAAUCACAGCAUCUUAUUCUGGGCCCUCCGGCCUACAGCCCCUUAAUGCUGAGGGGUAAACCUGGCGAGCCACGGAGGGUCAAAGUGAGUCGCACAAAAUCCUGUGGCCCGUUUGUUCCCCUCCAGCAACACCAGCAAGAAUCCAUCCUACUGUCGGCCUACACAGAUGCACACACCCCCAAUGCAAACGGGACGCAUAACCAGCAGACUGACCACCCCCACAGACCGCCCCAUUACCCCUUCGAGUCGUCAGCCCCCACAACCCCCGACGACCCCACACGCAGCUUGCACAAGGCCCUGGCGCUGGAGGGGUUGAGAGACUGGUAUCUGCGGAACGCACUGGGGCAGACGGGCAGCGGGACGAAGGGGAAAGAGGGAACGCAGACACAGCGCAGGCGCACAACACCCUCUCUGCAUGGCUCUCACCAGCAUCCGCCCCUCAAACACCAGCCGCAGUCCUUUCAAGGAGACACAGUCUAUACACAUAUGCCCCAGUCAGCCACGUUUCACGGGCAUCCGCUACAUACCAGGACGAUGGAGCUUUCGUUGUUUGAAGAAACCUUUUCAUCUAAAAUGCAGGAGGUGACACUUCAAGAGACGAGUACUGACAGACCCACACCAGGCACGCUGGUCUAAUACGAAAACAAACCAACCCUCCACACACAUGCCCGGUGCAUCUCAUUUAACACAGAGACUAAAGCAAACACCAGCUUCUGUUUGUAUAGAUUGUCAAAAUGAAAGAAUAUUGGCUUCCUUUGCCAUAGUUUCAGAAUGAAAUCAUUUUGACAGAAAUCAGUCACUACUGUUGUAGUUAAGAUAUUUUUCCAGCAUGCAAUCAAGCUGUCUUCUUCACACCUCACACCGUCUCUUGUUAAGUAAUCUUCCUGUCAAUCAUCAAGUCGCAGCAGGUUCUGUCAGAGAAUAGGUGGAGAAAGAAUAAAAGCCACUAAUACAGUAUAAUAUGUCAACAUUCCCAUUUGUAGCAAACAAUUUCUAUAAAUUACAUAAUAUCCAGCUGUGUUUCAAUGCAUAAACAAAGAAAUACAGUUUUGGUCACUGUAUGUGACUGUCCUUAAAUUGCUCUGGCCCUUUGAAAUGAAUCAGGAUCCUCUUAAUGUUUUUAGGAAAUAAUGUUUCUAUGCAAAUUACAUUUAAGAAGACUGUGUGUUGACACGUUAAUACCGUGAUGAAAAAGCCAAGCCAAAUCUUAAACUUUAGACUGUUAGAGAGCCAAUGACUGACAGUAUUUAAUGAAAUUCAUUGUAUCUUUAUUGACAAAUUGGAUAAGUAUGAAGAUGCUCAUUCAGGGUGAUGUCAUUAAGAAUGGCACAACGGUCGCUGUGCGGCUCAAAUGAAUCUUUAUCUGUAUCACUCAUGGUUUCUAUAACCUCAGGAUUAGUUAUAUAUCAGUAUUACCAAAUGCAAUGAGGGAAAAAAUUGAGAAAAUCAACAUUAAUGUGUAACGUCGCAUUUUAUAUAUCUAACAAAAAGCGCACUAAAUCAGGUUCAACUCAAAUGAAAAAUGUUACAUGCACAUGCAAUAUAUUAUUGGAAAAAUAUAUUUUUUUGCAUGAUCCGUAAUGAGAGUAAUCAUUAAUAAAAAUGAGAAAUACAGAACAUCAGGGCGUUUUCAUAAUGAGAGCUGUGUUUAUUUCAUAUGAGAAAAAUGCUAGAGAACAUUGUGCUCUUAAUAGGCUUUGUUUUCUUUAUGCAAAUUAUUUUCCUUUUUUCUAAUGAUAUUUUGGCCAAAAUUGACUUGUCAAGAUGUGUAAAAGACCACUAGGAGGAGCCUCUUCAUCUGUUUUGGGGGGGUUCUGGAUCUAAAGCAAACGCAAAACACGCUGCCAGGUGCAGAAUAACCAGUUUCUUCUGUAGACCGUUUUAAUUGCAAUUGUGUGUUGUUUCUCCAAUUGGAUUGACUGCAGGCGUCAAUAUUUACUGUACUUCUCAGCAAUUAAAUUGAACGGAAUGAACAAGACUAAUUAAACAAUUUGGGAUCUUUUCGAGACCAGUCAUUUUCCUGCACCGCCCUUUCAGAAUAUCAUUUAAUUGAGGAAUUGCCGUACUCAGAAUGUGGUUGAGCGUAUUAAUGCCAGGAUGCCAACAUUGACCAUUGUGCCUAGCAAACACAGAAAGCGGAGAGGACUUUACUCAUCUCCAAAUGGAAACGAUAGCUUAUCAUGGUGGAUUCCUCAGAUACAGGUUAAAUAUUAGGCUCCUGCUUAGAAAAUACCAUCUCAUUUUACUCCCUCUUUGGGUUAAAGACUGAAAAACGACAAUAAAAAAAGAGUUGUGAUUGCUGGCUGAUCCACUCUAUUAUUAUGGUCUGCUUUGUUUCUGAUAGUGGUAGUGUUCCCUUUGAUAAAUCAUUGCUAUUCCAAUGCAUGCAGGUGUCUGUUAACUGUUAUUCCUUUUAAAAAAAACCUUCCCUAUAAAAUCACGCUGACUCUCAGUUUAUUGUGUUAUUAUUGACAGCAUCACGUAGGUAACUUAAAAGCCUCCACAUGUCAGAUGCCUUCACCAUAGAAACGCGCUGACAGUUGAACUUACCGAAGCAAUCCAAACCUUCUCAGAUGCUGAGCGCAGAGCUCAACAUUGUCACCAAAUGCUGCCAUGCUUGUCUCAGGACUACAUAGAAAGCUGCUUUGAUGGCCUGUCCAACACCAUUGAUGCACAGACUUUUGUAUUUCAUAUAACCACACCUUAACACACAACUUAGUGAGAAGGUUACUGAAUGUUUAUGCUUGUUGAGAACAUGUUUAGGCCAUGUGUCAUUUUCAAAGUUCAUCUAAACUUACAUUUAUGAUCUAAUAAUGUUGAACGGGAUAGAAAUUCUCGGUUUCAUUUUUCAGGUCAUGAAUAAAAACGAGAACACCGAAGGCAAAUAAAACCAAUGAUGUUUGUAAAAUCUUUGCUUGGGUAUCACGGUACCAAAUGUUGACAUGUUUUCAAGAUGUUCCCUCCAUUUUUGGACCCUCUUCCCUUAUACCACACAUACAUCAGGCUUACGUCUAUUUGACGUCUGCCAUUACAUCUGCAAGACAUCUAAAAUACAUAGUUUGCUCAUUUGCAAUACAUCUCAGAGAUGUCUGGUGUCAGAGUUUAUAUAGACAUCUAGAAGAUGUCUGUAAGAUGAGUAUGAUUUAGAAUGGAUGUAAAGCUGCUCUUUCUAAGAUGUUUAGUAGAUGUUUUUAUGCAGCAGAUCUCCAGAUCUUUAGCAGACGUAUUACAGACGUUCAGACGUCUCCGAGACGUAUUGCAAAGGAGCAAACUAUGUAUUCCAGAUGUCUUGCAGAUUGAAAUGAAGACGUCAAAUAGAUGUAAACCAGAUGGAUUGUGCCAUCUAGGUUCAGAUUUCCCCGGUUUCAUUUAGUUCUGUAUCUGAAACAGUUGUUUAACUCUUAUUGCUUGAUUGUGUGUGUGUGUGUGUGUGAAGAACUUUUUCAAUCUGUACAUAAUUUGCUGUUUCCUCCUUUCUUUUGACAUUUUAUAUCUCUAUCGAAAAAAAACAUCAAAGAACAAAGACUGUACGGAGUUUGUGUAUAAUAAAGUGUUUUG